AUGAGCUCGGCCGAUUUCAGGUCGCUCUCGCAGUACAAUGAGCCUCUGAUCCGAUCGCCAUCGAUCUAUUCGUCGAUCGGCUCUGGCAUCUACCUCCCUCAGGGCACGCCCUUGCACGGCGGCGUCUUCGUUCUUGCAAACACCAUCCUUGGCGCGGGAAUGCUUGGGCUGCCUUUCGCGUUUGCUGCGUGUGGCUACCUCAUGGGCACGCUCAUGCUCACCGGCUUCGGAGCGUGUGCGACCGGGGCACUCGUGAUGCUGUCCGAGGCGGCCGACCACGUCGGUCGGCCAGCCUCGUUCAACUCGGUCGCAGAGCUUGCCAUCCCUGGCGCUGGCAUCGCGUUUGAUGCUGCAAUCGCAAUCAAAUGCUUCGGCGUCGCCACGUCGUACCUCAUUGUAGUGGGCGACUCGAUACCAAAAGCCGCCGUUCAUCUUGGUGCGAGCGGCAUCCUCCUGGAGCGCCGUUUCUGGACGUUGGCCGCCCUGGCGGUCGCCGCGCCACUAGCCUACAUGCCUAGGAUCACGGCGCUACGUCACGUGUCGGCGGUGGCGCUGGCCUGCGUGGGUCUGAUCACCGUGAUGAUCGUCGUCUUUGCCUUCUCCCCGAGUUCUGACUUUGACCCCUAUUCCGAGUGCGAGAGCAUCGAGCAGUGCAAGGGGCCAACGGCACUGGUCACGAACCCGAGCCAGACCCUGCAUGCGCUGCCACUGUUUGUUUUCUCGUACACGUGCCACCAGAACAUCUUCUCCAUCACGAACGAGCUGAGCGAUCCAACCCCGCAGCGCAACAUCAAGGUCUGCGUCCUGGCGGUUGGCGCAGCGUUGGCGGUCUACAUCAUCCUUGGCGCGUCGGGCUACUCGACCUUUGGCGGCCUCGUGGACCACGACAUCCUCGCAUCGUACCCUUCGGACAACGGCAUUGUUGCCGUCGCCCGUCUAGCGAUCUCGCUCGUGGUGUCGUGCUGCUACCCCCUGCAAGCCCACCCGUCGAGGGCGUGCACCACGUCGAUCGUCAGGGCGUGCGGCGGCGAGGACAUCGACGACUUCGUCCUGCACAUGGCAAUCACAACGGUGUUUGUGCUCGCCUCGGGCUCAAUCGCCCUCGUCGUGACGGACCUCGGGCUCAUCCUCUCAGUGGUGGGUGCCACCGGGUCCACCACCGUCUCCUACAUCCUUCCCGGAGCGUGCUACUUCAUCCUCUUCCCCGAGCGACCAUCGCGCUGGCUCGGCUUUCUCCUUGCGUGCACUGGGCUAAUCAUCAUGCCCCUUUCCCUGUGUCUCAUCUUCUGGAAGUAA